UUGACUUUUGUUGCAGUGGUGUAUGUCGACUAAUAUUUACGAGCAUUUAUCCUCAGCAAUGGGAAGUUCAAUCCUCUUUAACUUGGACUAUUUGUACUACAAAGGUGACAGUGACGUAUGGAACGACCAGCCGACAACCAAAGGGACUAUUUUAUAUUCCAUAAUAACGCCCACAAUAUGUUUGUUUGGGAUAUUUGGCAACACCCUGUCCCUCAUGGUACUGAAGCGACGGGAACUAAUGGGUUCCGUAUACACUUAUUUAGCUGUUUUGGCGGCCUCUGACCUCCUGAUGUCCUUCAUGUUAUUUUUCGGGGGCCUGAGCAGAGGGGUUUUGUACUACCGAGGAUGGGCCACCUACGACGCACUCGUGGGGUUACCCCUUGGGGGUGCCAUCAACACACUGAGCGUCAUAGCCACCGUGGCAGUCACAAUAGAUCGUGUGCUGUACCUGUGGAACCCCGUACAGUGCACCAAACCGAAAUUUUGCAAUCGGAUUGUAGCCAGGAAAAUUAUGGCAGCGGCGGUGCUCUUGUCUAUAUUACUGAAUCUCCCUUACUGUUUUAUAUUUACUUGGAGCGAUGAGGGUGUGUUGGUAACGACGUAUUUUUUUGAUUCUGUGUUCUAUACCGCGUUCAACUGGUUCAUGCUCACGUUUUUCUCGAUAAUGCCCGGCAUAGUGUUAAUCUUUGGAAAUGGAUUCCUGAUUAUGUCUCUUAAAAAGGCCAGGAAAAUAACAGUAAAAUGCAACGGAAAAAGAAAGGACCACACCAACCUGACGAUCACCUUGAUAUCCAUAAUAGUCCUGUUCCUGGUGUCCGAAGUACCCGCCACCCUGGUAUCAAGGACCAACGCCGUCCCCAUCCUUUUCUCCGGAAACCACGAGAAGGCCAGAUCCACAACCCUGGAGAUCGUCCGCCAGGUCUGCACCCUCCUGGGCGCCGUUAAUGUCACCGUCAACUUCCUCUUCUACUACUUAUUCUGUCCCGCCUUCGUCAAGGCUCUCAUCAAAACCUUCCAGAGGAAGAAGCGGAUCAGGAAGAGCCUCCAGGUCAACGUGUUCGUCCUGAACGGGGACAGGAUGGACGAUACCGAUAAGAAGACCUUGAACAAGAAGAUGAAAGCGAGGAUUUUGGAGAUUUCCAGGAAGAGUAUGGAAUCCAGCUUCCCGUCGUCUUUGAACUUUGUUGAAGAUGUCAAUGAAAAGGGGAGCGAGAACGACUUGUACUUUGAGAAUUGUACGAAGAGGGUGGAUGACAGUGAAUAUGUUGAAAUUGUUGAUGAUUAUAGGCUGCCCAUGCCGAAGUAUAGUAUCAUCGUGGAGGAGUCUUCCGUGGAGUCGUCGACGGUUGUCAACGGUUCCUCGAAAUGUUCUUAACGAGAGUGUUCUUUAAAGAUUAAGCCUAACAAAAAUCAGUUUCAGUAAAAGUAUGAAGAGAGAAGCUAAGGAAUUUAUUUUUAUAUCAAAAUGUUGUAAAUCCACUUUAUCAAGUACCUGUGUUCCAGUUA